AUGGCCAACACCUGGAUCGAAAGCUUCCCUUACACUGCAGCUAAGGUUUUGGACGAGAUGGAUAGCACUCUCGGGUUCAAACUGUCCAGCAUUAUAUCCGACGGCCCCAAUUCCAAGCUCAACAAAACGGAAAACUCACAGCCUGCAGUCAUGGCAAUCUCAGUCCUAAUACUUCGUAUCUUGGAGCAGGAGCUCGGGUUCGACACUAAAUCUCGGGUCGACGUUACGCUUGGACAUAGCCUCGGGGAGUUCUCCGCAUUGGUUGCCGGAGGCUAUCUUGAAUUCGGAGAUGCUCUGCAAAUAGUCCAUGGUCGGGCUGAAAUGAUGGCCCAGUGUACGCGCCAGUUGACCGAGCAGUCAGGCGAAACAUAUGGCAUGGUUGCACUUCUCUGUGAACCCGAGCACCUGGAAAGUAUGCUUCUAACGGUCCAAGAAUUCAUUGGUUACAAGUCGCCGGGCUUUGGAAUCGACAGGGAUAACCAUGCACCAUCAAUUCAGCAAGUGGUGGUUGCAAACAUCAACUCGAAAAAUCAAAUCGUGCUAAGUGGUAGUCUUGACCGAAUCAAAACCCUUCUGGUCCAAAUGCGUCAAUUUGGAGGCCACGACCCCCGGGCUGUCAGACUGAAAAGUGACAGCCCUUUUCAUAUCCCUGCUAUGGCGCUAGCUGCGGAUUAUAUGAGAGAUGCCCUCGAGAAAAUCAACAUCACAUUCCCCACAUCAAUGCCAUGUAUAUCAAAUGUUACCGCCUUGCCCUUCCAGUCCAAGGAAGACAUCAAGGAUCUCCUUUCAAGACAGUGCACUGAUACAGUGAGAUGGUGGGAUAGCAUUCGCUAUCUUGAUCAGGUACGAGGCGUGAAGCGGUGGAUCGGAAUUGGACCAGGAAAGGUCGGCAGGAAUUUGGUUGGCAAAGAGGUUGGAAGGGUUGACAUCAAAGGUGGUGGAGUGUGGGCAGUUUGCAACCCUCAUGAAAUGUCAGAGAUCAUGGUUGCCUUGGAGCAGACUGAAGUCGAAACAGAAAACCACUGA